CGGGAACUCUAACACUCUCCCUCAAGUAGUAACUAGUCUAACCUAGUUAGUACUAGGACAAACAAGUCUAACAUCUCAAACUCUUAUAGCUAGACCAAACAAAUGGCGCUGACAUCUCAAUCUCUUUUUAGCCAACUCAACCCAUGAAAGAAUCUAACUCGGACCAGACCUGCUCCGAUACCACCAUGAUAGAAUUUAGGAUGCGGAUAAGAUAAGAAAUGGUGGAUCAAGAAUUGUCGGGUCUUUUUCCGGGUCUUCCCGAAGAUUUGGGUCUCGACUGUCUGAUUCGAGUUCCCUACGAAAAUCUCCCCGCCGUCACCGCCGUCUGCCGCAGCUGGAAGCUCGAGAUCGAGCUGCCGGAGUUCUGGAGAAGACGAAGAGUUUCGGGUCUGUCCACUCGGGUCGUCGUUUUCGCCCAGGCCCAGAUCGACCCGACCCGCGAACCGGUUCCGUCGGCCAAGCACCCGGCGACCCCGCGUUACGGGCUGACCGUAUUUGAACCGGAAACGGGUCGCUGGACCCGGCUGCCCCCGGUUCCCGGUUUCUCCGACGGGUUGCCCCUGUUUUGCGAGAUUGUGGCUGUGGGGACGGACCUUGUUUUAAUGGGCGGGUGGGACCCGGUCACGUGGGAGGUCUCGCGGGUGGUUUUUGCCUACAGCUUCGUCCGCGCCGCGUGGCGCCGCGGCGCGGACAUGCCGGGGCCCCGCAUGUCGUUCUUCGCUUGCGCGUCCGACGGGAGACGGACGGCGUUCGUCGCCGGCGGGCACGACGAGGAGAAGAACGCCCUGAAAUCGGCAAUGGCGUACGACGUGGCGGGGGACCGGUGGGCCCACCUCCCCGACAUGGCGAGGGAGCGGGACGAGUGCAAGGGCGUUUUCGUCCGCGGAAAAUUCCACGUCGUCGGCGGGUACGCCACAGCGGCGCAGGGCCAGUUCGGGGACGACGCGGAGACGUUCGACGCCUCCGCGUGGCGAUGGGAGGCCCCGCGCGGCGGGUUCCUGGGGCCCGCCACGGGGUGUCCCCGAACUUGCGUGGGCCGCGGGGAUGGAGAGUGGUAUACUUGUGGAGGCGGUGACGUGGCGAAGCGGACGGGGACGAUGACGUGGCAACCGGUGACUCAGCUCCCGGUCGCCGUGCACAACGUGACGUGUGUGAUGAUGUGGCAGGAUGACAAGAUGUUGGUGAUUGGGUCGGCCAGUCACAACGAGCCACAUAAGGCAUUUGUUUUGGAUUUGAAAGGGUACACGUGGGCCGCCGUCGCCGUGCCGGAGAACUUCUCCGGCCACGUCCAAUCCGGAUGUUGCUUGGAAAUAUAAGAGUUGUUUUUCUUUUCUUUUUUUAUGGGGUGGGGGGUAAAAAGAGUUUGUAAAUGUCGGAGUGUAAAAAUGAAAGUUACAUAUUGGAGGGUACAAAUAUUUAGUUACCCCGGAGUAUGAAAACAAACCAUAUGUGUGAAUGUACACAAAUGAAGUCCUUCAGAUUGUAAUUAUUGUACUUUUGGAAGUUUUAUUUCUUUUCCCCUGAAUACUCAUUUUG